GCAGCUAUCACCAGGACAAACAUAUGCACACAGUGGAAGAGCUGAAGGCGGAUCUGGCUGAAGCCCAGAGACACACACAGACUGAGGCAGCAGCUGGACCAGGACAGAAACAAAACCAAGACCAGGAACAGAUCUGGGAUGAGGCCCGGGGAGGAAGGAAAGUGGUGCUACAUACCUCCAGGACACAGUGUUCACAGCAUGGGUUCUCAGGGGACUCAGGACUCUGGUUUGGGUCUGCAGUACUUCAGUUCUCCUGAAAGGGGGCAACAUCAGGGCAGACCACCUCCAGGAGGAGGCUACUGGGUCUACAUCCCUACAACAAACAUGGACUCUGACAGAGCAGCUGCAUCAGAGUGCAGGGACAGCAGAGGAGACAGUGACACGGACAGGCACUCCCCUGGAGGGGCUCCUCCUCCUCAUCAUCCUCCUCCUGACCAAGCUGAAGGCAUCUCUGUUGACUUCUCUCACUGUCACACUCCCCUGGUCGGACCUGCCUGGCUGCUCUGUGGUUCACCUGUAGCUGUUGUCUCCACUCACACACCCGGGGGCUCAGCUCUCCACUGUAAUGUCCCCGAACACAGAGACACGGAGGAAAAGCUUGUGUGUGAGUGUUUGCACACAGAAGCAGAGAGGCUGGACAAAGAGAAGAAGAAACUACGACUAGAAACCAAACAGAUUCGACACACACUGCGACGACACAGGAGUGUGUUGCAGGUGUGUGAUGAGGUGGAGUGUGUGGAGAAGACUCUUCUGAAGAGACGAGCUGAACUCCGUCAGGCUGACAAGCUGCUGCUGGAGGCUCAGAGCUGCAUACACAACACCAGAGACCAGGCCAGUUCUGCCCAGUGGGAGUGGCAGCGCAGAGCUCGGGACAGUGCCACCUGUCUGCAGGAGGCCACACAGCAAGUCAGAGAGCUGCAGGAAGAGGUGGAGGACCUGAGGAGGAGGAAGCAGAAGGUGGAGCAGACUGUGAGUGAAGUGGGCGAGGUGCUGAAGAACAGAGAGAAGGAGUUUCAACAACUGGGCACAAAAAUACAGUCGGCUACUGACAGACUAUCUAAUCUGCUGUCGGACUGUCAAGAGGCUCAGAAGUGUCUGGACUCAAUCCACACUCAGGUGGAGCAGCAGGAGCAGAGGUUGGUUCAGAGGAGGGAGGAGCAUCAGACUGCUCUUAAUAGAGUAAAGGAGGUCAGAGGGGAAGAGCAGCAACUGCAGAGGACAGUCAAGGAGCUGUUGGAGCAGAAGCGGUCAACAGUCACAGCUGUGAAAGAGGAUGAGCAGAAACUCCUCACACUCCAGUCAGAAAUCCAUACACACAGAGCAGAGCUGAAAGAGGUUCUACAGGAGCUGCUGGCAGAGCAGCAGGCGCUGGAGAAAGUGAAAACCAAACACACCCAGGGUUCCCAGCGACUCCACGUGAAGAAGGACGAACUGGACAGGACGAGGGACGAAUUGGAUGCAAUGAUGGACAAACUGGACAGGGAGCGGGGUGAGGUGGACCGGACGCAGGCGGAGUUGCACGGAAUAAAGGAAGAAGUAGAGAAUAGGAAGAAUGAGCUGGGAAGGACUCAGCAGGAUGUGGACAGGAAGGUGAAGGAAUUGUACCAAGUCCAAGAGGAAGUGGACAGGAAGAAGAUGGAGCUGGCUGGGCUGCAACAGGAAAUGGAGUCGCACAUAAAAGAGGCGGAGUCAUUUCUAAAACAUAUGAAGCAGCAACAAACAGAACUUCAGGAGCUACAGGAGAAGCUGAGCAGGACGCAGGAAGAGAAGAAGAACCUGCAGGAGCAGUGUAAACACCUGGAGGCCAGACGACGGCAUGCUGACAGGUGUCUCUCUGCAGUGGAGGUGGAGCUUGCAAAACAGAGGGAGGAGCACAGCCACGCCCAGCUCCUCAAACAGGAGGUGGUCAGAGAUACAGCAGCUACUAAGGAGCAGCUUAAUGAGAACUCUGAGCUGCUGUCUAUGCUCAGUAAACGAGUGGAGGAGAGGAACAAACAACUACUGACUCUAGAGCAGGAGGAGCAGCACAGAGCCGGAAAACUGAAGGAGUUACAGGAGGAGGUUGAGCACAAACAGGCAGUGUGCCGAAACUUGGAGGAAGUUCAAACUGCAGUGUGUCGGUUGGAGGACAGGGGGCGCCAUCUGCAGCAGUUCCACCAGCUCAGUGUGGAGGUGCAAGAGAGAGAGCGAAAACUGCUCCACAAGGAGGAGGGGCUAAAUCAGCAAAGACAGGAGCUACAGGUGAGAGAAGAGGAGCUAAAUCUGAGAGAGGCGGAGCUACUUUGUUUGAAAGGGAAGGAAAUGCGUAAGAAACAGGAGGAGCUGCAUGAAAAAGAGCAGGAGCUGGACCACGGGAGGACUGUUGUUGGAGGACGACGAAUCCUUCUAUCUGUCCACAGCUGGUCCAAUAUCAGCCCUUAGUCCUCAGAUCUCAGGUGAGGAGGAGAGAUGGAAGGCAGAGCUGCAGAGAGAACAACUGAGACAACAAGAAGAUCGACUCAAAGCUCGUCUGCGCUGCAGUUUGUGGAAGCAGCAGCAGACUCUGAAGGUGAGACGACUGGAGACAGAGGACAGUUUACUGGGACUCAGAGACAAAGUGGACAAGCUGGACUCACUCCUGUCACACUCUCACUGAUGACACACUCAUGUCCUCCUAGUUUCUACUUCAUAUGAGCCAAUCAAAUGUUUAGAUCACAUCAUGUGACACUGUAUGAUGCAGCCAGGCACUGUGAAGAAUUAAAGGGCAAUUCAGGUGUUUGUUCUACAUUUGUACAAGAUAAAAGAGCAUAAAUAUACCAGUUAAAUAUACCAUAUUUUCUUUUAUUUUUAUUAUUACAUUCUCUGUUUCAACAUCACAUGACAGCCAAUCCAAAUGCUAUCUCAUGUGAUACUGUAUGAAGCAGCUUAUAGCGAACAAACCAGUUAUUACAUGGUUUCUUUUUUUAUUAUUAUAUAUAAUAUUUAUUUUAUUACAGAUUAUAGAACCUGACUAAACCAGUUAUUUUUGUUUUUACAAAGUAUUUAUACACACACACACAUAAUAUAUGACAAGUGACUAUGAAAUGAAAACUAACAGAACAAAAAGGAGAUCACC